AUGCGAGGGAUUCUGGGGGUCGGGGUGGAGGGGGCAGAGGUCUGGCUGGUCCGCUGCCGCACCACCGGGGCCCAUGCGGCGCUCAAGCUGAUCCCUCGCGGGGAGGGCCUCGGCCACAGCCCUGAGCGGCUGCGGCGGGAGCUGCAGCUGCAGCUGCACCUGUCUCACGUGAACCUCUGCGAGCUGCAGCAGAUCGUCCUGAGCGGCCGCAACCUGGGGGUGGUGACGUCAUACGAGGCCGGCGGCAGCCUCUACACGUUCGUGCAGAAAUUUGGGAUGACAGAGAUCGCCGGGCGCUACUUCCUCAGGCAGAUUGUCUCGGCCCUGGCCUACUGCCACCGCCAGGGCGUCGCCCACCGCGCGCUGUGGCUGCACAGCUUCCUCCUCACCGAAGAGGACCCGCCGCGCCUGAAGCUCACAGACCUCUGCCCUGUGGGCCAGUGGGACCGGAAGCUUCCCAAGGCCGACCCCGCCGGCCAGGGCGCCUUGGCGCUGCUGGCGGGCCUGGUGCAGGGCUCGAGCCUGGUGGAGCCGCAGAUGCUGGAGUCGGCCUUCAAAGCGACCGAAUAUGAGUGCAGCUCAGAGGCCGCCGACGUGUGGGCCUGCGGCCUGCUGCUCUGCCACAUGUUCUUUGGCCGGGUGACACACUUCAGGCUGUCGCCGAGCGAUCUGCAGGACGACCGCGGCGGCGCGCCAGAGAGGGGCGCGUGGGUGCGCGCGGACGAGCACGUGUGGCGGCUCGCGGCGCAGAUGAGCCCCGCCCUGCGGGACCUGCUGGACUGCAUAUUUGUCGCGGAUGAGAAGGAGCGCAUCACCCUGGAGGGCAUUGCGCAGCACCCCUGGCUCCGAGGCCCCCUCCCGCCCAAGCUCAGGGCGGCCCUGGCGGAGAUGGAGGAGGAGCAGCUGAGGCGGGAUAUCUUGGAGCGCGGCGCGGUGAGCGGCCGCGAGGCCGCCGGAGUCGGAAGGGGCCGCGCGGCGCCGCGCGCGGUGCUGUCGGACGGCGAGUGGGACGUGCAAGAGGCGUGCGGCGUCACCGGGGAGUUCGCGGCCGUCAGCCGCGUCCUGGAUGACGCCAGGUUCCUGCCGGCCGCUGACGAGCGCGCCAGGCUCGAGGGGCCGGCCGAAGUUGUAGAGAUGGCGCACAUGCACCUCCGCGGCGGCGCCGGCCGCGCCGGUGCCUGGCGCAACGACGCAAAGGCGGGGGCAGGGGCCGACCAAGACGGCGCGGGCGCGUGGCGCCUGGAGCGCUCGCCCAGCGGCCUCGUGACGGCUUCGUGGGACGAAACAGCGUCCGGCGGCGCGGCCGUGCAAGAGGUCGAGCGCGCUCACAAAGCGCCCCGCAGCGCAGCCGCGCGCGGCGGGCGGGGCGGCGCAGCGCCGGGAGCCUGGUUCGGCAGCUGCGUCAACGGCGGCUGCGUCGCCUCGGACGAUCUGGGCAGCAGCCGGGCGGCAGACGAGCAGCCGCUGAUCCCGCCAGAGCUGCGGGCGCGGCGCCCCGACGCAGCGCCGGGCGCGAUCGCGCACGCGGCGCCGCCAGAGGGCGGCGCCGGGCGCCCACCCGCGCACGGCGCCGCGGCUGCCGCCGCGUCUGUGCAGUCGGACGCUGCGCCGGCGCGCGACGCCGCGGGCGGCGCGAAGGGCGGGAAGGUCAAGAUUAUAGUGAGGGAUCAAGCAGAUGAGGAUCAGGCCAAGGCCAUAGCGGCCCUGUGGGAGCUAAGCGCCACGCUCACAAUCAAGCACAGGGCCAGGCCCGGCGCGGCCGCCGCCGCCGGGCCGCUCCAGGCAGAAGC